AUGUCUGCUACGCCCACAGGGCAAGCACAGCCAGUGGUGUCAGCCCCUCCUCCUGAGGCUGAGGCCAAGUCCAGCGCUGCAGCAGUUCCCGCCAAGCAAGAAUUGGCCGACUUGCCUCCUGAUGCUGAUUUGCGGAAGAAGAUCACCCAUGCCCUUCAGAAGGCCGCCAGGGCCAAAGGUGCCGCCUUUGUUCCAGUGCAGGAGUUGGACAAUCUUCUGUCUCAUCAUGAGUUGGAAUUCAGAUCCCGGCAAGUGCUUGAUUUCCAAACAGCGGAUGAGUUGGACGAGCACAAGAAUAUCACAAAGAAGGUCAUGGGUACAGCUGCGCAGCUGCGUGAAAGUAUCCAUAAAGCCGCUGCCAAGUUGGUUAGCCAUUUGGAAAACAUGCAGCGUGAGGCAGCUCGUUCUGAGAAGAAGGCGGCAACGCAGAAGGAGAAGGAUGCUGUUGCGAAAGCAAAAGCGCAAGCCAAAAAGGCAGCUGAUCUUGUGAAGAAGGAGGAGAAGCAGGUUCCAGCAUUGUUUGCGCUUCAAGCCUCAACCGCCAAAGCCAAGGUUCCAGUGCUGAACCAUGAUGGUUGGAUGAAGGCAGGUGUGGGCGGCAAGUGCAAAGGUCCAAAUGGCCUUAUCUGCGUAUGGAGGGCAGUACAGUCACCCACGAAAGAGUUUGGCAAAGGGCAGAUUCCUAUGCGCCCCAAAGCUGGCAAAGAGGAGUCAGAGGCAUUCCUCAGCAAGCUUUUCAGCCAGCUGCAGGUGACGGGCAACAUGGUUGAACUCACUGGCCAGAAUGAGCAGUUGUUGAAAGAAACAUGGCUCUACGGUUAUGCUCCUGACUUCACCUUUGCGUCUCCCACCCCACAAGGAAUGGGCAUGCUCAAAAUUCUGGCGGCCGGCGAAGUCACCAUGUACAUCAUGAAGCUGUCAGAAGCAGCAGCCUAUUUCCAGAAAAAAGGCAAGACCCUGAAUGCCGACACCUUGCCGGAAAUCCUCAACACAGCGGCUGUUGAUGACUUGAAUGCCUUUUGUGAGAAUGGUUGUCAGGUCUUCUAUGUCAAGCAGCAGAAGUUCGAAGCAGUGUAUGUUCCGGCUGGUUAUGUGCUUUUUGAGCGCUCAUCGAGCGCGGUGCUCAUCUAUGGGCUGAGGAAGACUGUCCUCCUUAAGGGUGAUCCAUCUGAUUAUCAAGGUGUGAUCGAUUUCGUCAAAGCAUCAAAUAAGGAUGUUUCACGUUAUGAGCAGUGCUUGGAACGCAUUGUGGCUGCUCAGCAGCCACAAGCUGCGGCUUGA